UAGAUAAGUUGUUAGCCGAUUGUGUUGGCCCGUUUAGCGCCGUUUGCUGUUUUGUUUCGGCUAACUGUAGCUCAUUUGGAAUGCGUCGAGGGGCAAUCUUAAUUUGUCUUAUUUGAGUUCGAGUUUAUAUACACAUAGUGAGUAGCUGCCGUCUCGGGGCUUUUGUUAUUCCUUAUUUGUUUGCCAAUGUGUGUCGGGCUCGUGUCAUUUUCAAUGAACGCCAGCGAGCGUCAUCGUCGCCGGCACUUCUAAUUAAAUGUUGAGAAACCCGAGCUUUCGAUCCGAGAUGUGUCAGAUGCCGGCGGAUGGAGAUCUAGCAUUUAAAGCUGAUGAAUCACGACGAUAUAGCGCUAAAAAUAAAUACCGAAUGUGCUAAAUAUAUACAUAUAUCGCGUAUAGCCCACGAGCCAUAACAUUUAUAGCGUGUGCUGGCAACAACCAUUACGAUUGUAACCGACUUUCGCGCACACGUCGACUUCGAUCGGUUCCCAGCCCGAAGACGCUAUGGUAAUUGUCUACAAAUAGAAGCGAGCGACGACCCAAGAUCCCCAAGAUCCACAAGCGAACCCAAAACCCCCAACCGAUCCCCAGCUGAUCCCCAAACGAUCCCCAACCGACAAUCAAGAAUAAUCAUGUAAACGAAAAGCGUAAUGCUCGUCCCACGAAACCCACGACUACCACGAUCCAAUCAAUGAUCCAUAAAGCGCUAACAAAAAAGCAAGAAACAGAAACACUGGCCCGUCUCGGGUUGGCCCGAUGACGAUUCCACAAUUAUCAGCGUGCCAUAAGCUACUGCAAAAGGGUGAAGGCACAUGGCAAGACUUGAGACCGAACCCAACCGAACCCAACCGCACCGAAUUGAAGCCCAAAAGACCGGACCCCGACCAUAGUCGACCAUACAAAUGAAUUGAAAUGCAAACAUCUUGUUAUGGAUGGAAGGCAUGUGCUCGCCUCGCAUCGUAUCUGGGAUCCCAAGUCGCACAGACCUCUUAAAGGCGGUCCGUCCGUCCGUCUGUCCGCUCAAGAGAGACGAUGGACGGAAAGACGGACGAGGGAUCGUACAAGACCCCAAGCAUGCACAAUCAGAAGAAGUCAGGCCAGCCGUCGUCAUCGUCGUCGUCGUCGUCGUGGAAAUCGGCUGCGAAACAGUUUCCCACGGUAUAACAAUCACAGCACAUACAUAAGGAGGGAGGGAGAGAGAGCGAGAAGGCGCAGCCCGCUCAAGUCAUUUUAUUGCCCUCACAAAUACAGGCAAAAGUAUACAAAAAAACAGAAGCCACCACCACCACCACCACCACCACCAGUACUACCAAGCCAUCUAAAACCACCGCUGGCAACAGCAGCAGGCCGCGCACGAGGCAAAAUGAGUGUCCCGCUCGCACUCACUGGCCAGUUCCCAGGGCGGCAGAGGCUAUAUAAAGCCGAUCCCAGAGCCAGCCGACUCAUUCAAAGCUUCGACUCCGUUGCGUGCACACAGAGUCUCCGAGUCUGAAUCUAGUGGAACGUUGCGACUGUGGAUUACGCGAGUUUACGUUUACUUUACUUUACCCUCUACAAAAAAACCACCAAAUCACUACAACAAAAUGGUUCUGGAAAUGGAGAUGUCCAAGACGUAUCAGUACCGCAAGGUGAUGAAGCCCAUGCUGGAGCGUAAGCGCCGUGCCAGGAUCAACAAGUGCCUGGAUGAGCUCAAGGACAUUAUGGUGGAGUGCCUGACCCAGGAGGGCGAGCACAUCACACGGCUGGAGAAGGCCGACAUCCUGGAGCUGACCGUGGAGCACAUGAAGAAGCUGCGUGCCCAGAAGCAGCUGCGUCUGUCCAGCGUCUCCGGUACAGUGUCUCCGAGUGCCGAUCCCAAGGUUAGCAUCGCCGAGAGCUUCCGAGCGGGCUACGUUCAUGCCGCCAAUGAAGUGUCCAAAACUUUGGCCGCUGUUCCCGGAGUGAGUGUGGAUCUCGGCACCCAGCUGAUGAGUCACCUUGGCCAUCGCCUCAACUACCUGCAAGUGGUGGUUCCCUCGCUGCCCAUCGGAGUGCCCCUGCAAGCUCCAGUGGAGGAUCAGGCUAUGGUCACCCCACCUCCAUCGGAAUGCGGCAGCUUGGAGAGCGGAGCAUGCAGCCCGGCGCCCAGCGAGGCCAGCUCCACCUCUGGCCCCAUGUGGCGACCCUGGUGAACAACUGGACGCCAGACGAUAAACACCUGAAUCGCCUUCAAGAGGAAGGCUUCUACAAAUCGUUGACCCAAAGAGGUGCUGGACUUGAAACCGCACCGUAACUCCUUGGAGACCAUCGUUUGCUGCCCAGGAUUAGCUUUCCCUGCAGCUCAACAGCCCAGCAGAGCCAACGAUCUCUAGCAGAGCCACAAAUUCCGGCUAUAGAGAUUGUCGCUGCUCAAUUCUUAAAAACACUUCUUAAAAGAAAUGAAAAAUAAAUGAAAUUCCAACUCAA